GGUAGGGAAGCGAUCGAGUAAGUGAGUGAGUGAGGCGGCGGCGGCGGCGGCAGAGGUUGGGGGCUCGGCGGGCGAGGAAGAAAGGAAGAGGAAGAAAGGAAAAGGAAGCGUUUAGCGACUGAGCCGCACUGCCUGUCCGACGAGGGGAUGCCGCUCCUCCACCGUAAGCCGUUCGUCAGACGAAAGCCGCCGGCCGACCUGAAGCCGGAUGAAGAAGUUUUCUACUGCAGGGUGACCGGCGAAAUCUUCAGGAACUACGAUGACUUUUUUGAAAGAACCAUACUUUGCAACAGUCUAGUCUGGAGCUGUGCUAUUACAGGAAAGCCAGGGCUGACUUACCAGGAAGCAGUUGAGUCAGAAGCCAAGGCCAGACAGAAUCUUCAAAAUUUCCCUGAGCCACUGGUGGUGCCCAUCCUUUACUUAACAACACUCACUUAUUGCUCACGACUCCAUGAACUCUGUGAUGAUCUCUACAUGUAUACUCAGGAUCGAUACUUUGCUGGAGAGAUAGUGGAAGUAACUGGUCUCAAUGGUCUCAGGCAAACGUGCAAGGUUUUGGAAGUUCUGACCCCACCAAUACUAAAUGGGACUGCUAAUGGACACAUAAGCAGCAGAGCUGAAGAUGUUGUAAUUGUCAUUAGUGAUGAAAGUGACAAUGAGGAACGAUCCAAAGGUUGUACAGCUUCUGCAUCGAUUGGGAAAAAGAAAAGCAAGAUUGAUGUAGCUUUAUUUAAGUACAAGGUGAAACCACUUAAAACUGAAGGAAAUGAAAUCUUAAUUAAAGCUGCGCAGAUGAAUCGCAAGAAAAAUCAAUAUUCCCGAGAUAAACUGAAGCUCUUUCUCAAACAACAUUGUGAAUUACGGCAUGGCAUACUUAAGGUGAAGCCUACAACAAUAGAUAAAUACAAGCUUUCAGAGCAGAACUUUUCACACUUGUUCCCGGAUGAUCUAUCAACAUUUACCUUGGGUUCUCAUUCAGGGCGAGGAAGGAUUCCCAAGAACUGUUCUUCAUUAACAAAUUUACAGUCUGAUAGUGCUACCGAUAGAGAAGAUGCAUCAAAGUACAAAAAUAAACCUGCACGAGAAAUUGAAAAGAUGCGCAGGCAAAAAGAAGAAAUGAAAGCACAAGCCAAAAGGAGGAAGGAGGAGGAACUAGCAAAUGAGCUGAAGAAAAGAAAGGAGAUUUUGGAAGCUAAGAAGAGAGAAAAGGAGGACAAAGAAAAGAAAAAGGAAGAAUUAAAGAAAAUAUUGGAACAAGAGAAAAUAAAAAGGAAAGAAGAAAAGGAACGCUUAAAAUUGGAGAAAGAAAGGGAAAGAGAGAAACUACGAGAAGAAAAGAAAAAGUAUGCUGAAUAUCUUAAGGAAUGGAAUAAACCCCGUGAAGAUAUGGAAUGUGAAGACUUAAAGGAACUUCCUUCUCCAACACCUGUGAAGACCAGAUUACCAUCAGAACUAUUUGGUGAUGCAUUAAUGGUUCUGGAGUUUUUGCAUGCAUUUGGAGAGCUAUUUGACCUCCAGGAUGAGUUUCCAGAUGGCGUGACUCUAGAAAGUCUAGAGGAAGCACUUGUUGGAAAUGACACUGAAGGGCCACUCUGUGAAUUGCUAUUUUUCUUCCUAACUGCAAUCUUUCAGGCACAUGCUGAGGAAGAGGAAGAAGUAGCCAAAGAACAGUUAAAGGAAGCAGAUCCAAAAGAUGCUUUGGAUGAAGAUCUAGAUUCUACCAAAUGUGCAGUCUCUGCAGUUGCAGCUUUUGCAGCUGCAUGGCCCCAGCUCUACCAAGGCUGCUCAUUGCGUAAUUUGGAUCUUGAUAGCUGCACGCUCUCUGAAAUCCUCCGACUUCACAUCCUGGCAGCAGGGGCAGAUGUGACGCCAGCAAAUGCAAAGUAUCGGUACCAACAGCAAGGUGGAUUUGACACCACUGAUGAUGCCUGUGUUGAAUUCAGGAUGAAUAAUCCGGAACUUCUGAAAAAACUAACAAAUAUUCCAGUGUAUGAUCUGACAUCAGCGGAGAAACUGAAGGUACUGCAUGCUCUGUGUGGACAGCUACUAACUCUGGUUUCCACAAGGGAUUUCAUUGAAGAUAAUGUAGAGAUUCUGAAACAGGCCAGGCAAGAAUUUAGAGAACUAAAAGCUGAACAGCACCGUAGAGGGCGAGAGGAAGCUGCAGCAAGAUACCGCAAGAGAAAAGAAGAACGACUAAGAGAGCAAGAACAAAGAUUCAAGGAUAGACAUGAUCGGAUAAAAGAGGAACAGAGAAAUUCUAAGGGAAACUCGAUUGAAGAAAUGAUUCAGGAUACAACUCGGGAAGAAUUUGACACCAGCACAGAAAGCCAGGAGUCUGCACACAGAGAUCAUGGGUGUGAUACAGCCACAGAAGAUGAAGAAGAAUUGGGAUCAUGUAAAAAAGGACAAAAAGGAAAGAAGAAUCAAAUUGGGUUUAAAAAUGCGCAAAGUCCUGAGGAAACUGAAGAAUCAGUGGUGGAGAAGAGAGAGAUCUUAAGUCCAGAGGAAGAGGAAGUUUUGAAAUGUGAGCAGCUGAAAAAAGAAAAAGAACUUGGAGGGAAAAUUCAAAAUGCCGCCUCAUGCACCAAUAUUCUCCCUUUGGGACGUGACCGCAUGUACCGUAGAUAUUGGGUCUUAAGUUCUGUGCCUGGCUUAUUUGUGGAAGAAGAUUAUGAAGGUUUGUUGGAGGACAUGUUACAGCCUUGUCCUGUUAAAACUCUAGGUAAAAAUUUGGAGUCUCAGGGAAAUAAAACUUAUGAUAAAGCACAAGGUAACGAAUCCUCAGGGAAUGGAGCUUCAGGGAAGAUGGACCAAAAGCAGCAUGAGCCACAUUAUGACAAGCCCAUUGCUCAGGACAAAAACUCUUUGGUUUCUCCUUCACUAUCUUCACAGCCACCUACCUCAGAUCAGGACCAAAUCCUUGAUACUACCCCUGCAGCAGAAUUGCACAGACCAAUAAACAAACCGAAUCGAUGGUGUUUUUAUUCGUCACCAGAACAAUUGGAUCAACUGAUUGAAGCACUUAAUUCUAGGGGAAACAGAGAGAACUCGUUGAAAGAAACUCUUCUCCAGGAGAAAAAGAGACUCACUGAAUUGCUUACUAACUUUCCUGUGGAAAGAUUCCAUAUUCCAGAUAAAGCUCCAAUGGAAAGCAAGCCUGCUCGAAAUACUUUAAAAGGUGCUUAUGGUGCACAUGAUUCUUCCCUAUUAUCUGCUGAUAAGCAGCUUGAACUGCGAUUGAAGGAUUUGCUUCUGGAUAUUGAAGAUAGAACCUGGCAAGGAACUCUAGGAGGAAUAAAAGUGAUGGAGCGGUAUGUAUGGCGAGCAGCACUGGAAACAGGGCAGUAUGAACUGUUGGGCAAAGCACUUCCUACACAAAAUGGCAUUCGGUUACUGGAAAAUGAUGUGAAGGAAAAUGGAGUUAUUAAAAUUGAAGGGGAGGAAUCCAAGGAGAUUGAUGGCAUGACCAAUGGAUAUAACGCCAAAGCUGGGCCUUUGGAACCGAAGACUGAAACAAGAAGUUCUGUAUCUACCAGUGCUAACUCUCCCCGACAAGUAAACUCUGUGGUGCGCUACCUGGCAGUAGCUUUGCUUCAGUUAGAACAGGGAAUUGAGCGCAAAUUCCUGAAGCCUCCAUUGGGAGACUCAGAUGAUAUAAAAAAAGAACAAAAAGACAAGAAGAAGAAAGAUGAUAAGAGAAAAAAUGAAGAUCAAGCCAGUGAGAAAGAUGAUGCUAGUGAUGGUGGGAAAAUACAGAAGACAUUAUUAGAUCGUUGGAGAGAGUCUCUUCUGGCAUGCACCAGCUUAGCUCAGGUUUUCCUUCAUCUCUCUACACUGGAUCGUAGCAUUAUAUGGGCCAAGUCUUUGCUAAAUGCUCGCUGUAAGAUCUGUCACAAGAAGGGAGAUGCAGAAAACAUGCUCUUGUGUGAUGGCUGUGAUAGGGGGCAUCACACAUACUGCUUGAGACCAAAGGUCAAGAUCAUUCCAGAUGAUGAUUGGUUCUGCCCUGAAUGCAGGCCAAAGCAACGGUUCCGUCGUACAGUGGCCAGGCAGAGGCCAUCAUUGGAGAGUGAGGAAGAGGAGGAUCUAGCUGAAUUAGACAAGAAGUUGAUAAAAAUGCAGAGUGAGGAGGAUAAAAACGAGGCAAUGGAAGAGAAUGAAACUGAGAGAGAAAUUGAAAUGGAAAAGAGUCGCCCACGAAGAGGAAGACCUCCUAUGAAACUACAAAUUAAGGGCAAAAGGGGUAAAUCUAGCACAAAGGCAGCGAUUACUCAGCAAGCAGGUAAAAGGAAAUACACUCCUCGCAGUCAGUCAAAUACUCCCAAGUUAACUACAUCUUUUGGUAAAAAUAGUGGCAGAAGAUUGGGAAGGAAGCCAAAAUCUGCAUCAAACUCUGAAAUAAAACGAAUGUCCAGAUCGUUUUGUUGUGCUAAAUCCUACCAAGCAGAUGAAUCCUUCAGUGAACUGCCAAGCCCCCGUCGGCGACAGAGGUAUCAGAGGAUUACUACCAGCACACCUGAGUACAACACUUCAGCCUCUCACAGUGUUAACAUUUCUGAUUUAGACAUCUUGCAGGAUGAACCUGUAAGAAAAAAAAGGAAGUAUACACGUCGUGUACAGCAGAAACCAACUCAGGUGAUUAAAACAGGAAGAAGAGGCAGAAAGCGGAAAUCUGCAGAUGCCAUGAUACAAGUACCAAAGGUAACUGGGAACCGGAGGAGUUCAAGUCGGCACUCUGGCAUGCAUGAACUUUCUCUUUGUGAGCAACUGAUAGUGGACUUAGUACGGCAUGAGGACAGUUGGCCAUUCCUGAAAUUGGUAAACAAAGCUCAGGUUACUGAUUACUACGAUAUUAUUAAAAAGCCAGUUGCCUUAAAUAUCAUACGAGAAAAACUAAACAGAUGUGAAUAUAACGUUGCAUCGGAUUUUAUUGAUGAUGUGGAAUUGAUGUUUACAAACUGCUUUGAAUACAAUCCUCGAAACACGAGUGAAGCAAAAGCUGGGAUAAAACUUCAAGCCUUCUUUCACAAUCAAGUAGAAAAGCUGGGAUUGACAAUGAAACCUGCCAAUGUGGACCAUCCACCACAACCUCCAAUUACCAAAAGGUCAAGAAUUUAAGGUUGUUCAGUGGUGUUACUUUAAUUAGAACAUUCAAAAUUUGUCAUGUUCCAUCUCUGAAAUUGAAAACUAGAAUCAUGCCACAGACUGCCUUGCCCUUCUUAUGAACUGCAAUAACUUUUAUUUACAAUGUUGAAAUGCGACCUGCACUGGACUAAAAUUCUUUCUAUUCUUAAGCACUCAGGAAGAUGUAGUGUGAAACUGCAUUUUGCUAUGAUAAAUUUGUAGAGAUUUCAUAAUUUGUGUAUAUUGGAUACAGUACUGUUUUACUGAAUUACUUUUGUACUUUUUUGAAGUAACAUUCAUGCAUAGUAGUGUCUUCCACCAAACACGGAGUAAAUGCUAUACUUUUAUAAAUCUAAUUGUGGAGCUCUCCAGUGUUCUUAUUUUGUGAAGAAAUAUGUUGUUAAUUUAAAGGAAAAUCAGUCACCAAUCUCCAGUUAUAACUUUUAUUUUAAUUAAAAAUGACUCUUAAAACCAACAAAAGAAUGCUACACUACACAUGAGUGAGAAUUGUAUAUCAUUUCAGUGCUGUAUAUGUUUCAUGCUGGUGAGAAUGAUUGGUCUGCCAAGAAAGAUUAGUUAUUUAUUCAGUGUUGAAAACAAUUUGUGGGGUUUUGAAUUUCUCCUGUAUUUAUGAAAUUUGUAAUU